AUGCCGGUCGACCCUUGUCUGUCGGGAGCUGCUUGUCACAAUCCAGAUGCUGUCUGCGAAACGGUCUGGCAGUCGGCAAACGUCUCCAGUCCACCUGCCCCGCCCAGCAACGGGUCAACUGGUCACCGACCGGCUGAAGGCGACAUGACGUCGCCGGUGACCGGUUUACUCGUCGGCUUCCGAUGCCACUGUCCGGCGGGCUUUGUGGGACCCACUUGCGAGGAGUCGGUGGACGCUUGUCAACAGCACAAUUGCCGCAACGGCGCCACUUGCUUCAACCGGCGCUCGGCCGGUUACGUCUGUCUCUGCCCGACCGGUGAGUUGAGCACAGACGUGUCUUUGUGGCCGGCAGACCGGAAACACGCGGCAGCCAAUCGCAGACCGUCACGGUCCACUGACUUUGUCGAACGAACGAGGCAACCGACCGAAAUGCCGGCAAAGCGGCUGGAUUUGGUGCCAUCUUGGAACGGGUACGAAAAGGGACUUGCAGCUGUGAAGAUGUCGGUCGAGGGGCGCACGAAAGUUCGGCCCAUUUCGAGCGGAAACGAGAGAGCGAGUCUCGUCGAAGCCUUCGCCUCGAAAGUUCUGUCAAAGCCAAAUAUCGGCAGACGAGUGGCGAUGAGCCAUCGUCUUGUGGAAAGUUCGACGAUGCCGAAAUUAGUUGCUCCCCAACGAUGCGCGAGGAUUAAUUGGAUUUCGAUUAAUCUGCAAAGAUGA